AUGUUUGUUUUAAUUGCGCUGCUAUGGCUCUGCAUUUUCAUCACCAUCCUUCAACUCAAAUCCCAGAGGCCCAAGAACUUUCCACCAGGACCUCUUAAUGUGCCCCUACUGGGCAGUAUUUUUCACCUGAGCCUUGAGAACCCCUUGAAGGAUUUUGAGAAGCUGAGGAAAUCUUAUGGAGAUGUCUACAGUAUUUUCAUUGGCAACAAACCAACAGUAGUCAUCAAUGGGGUGAAGGCCAUGAAGGAGGCUAUGGUGACCAAAGCUAUUGAUUUUGCUGGACGACCCCAAGGCUUGUUUGUUAAUGAUAUCACUGAUGGGAAAGGAGUCAUUAUGGCAGAUUAUGGCUCAAAGUGGAAGGAACAUCGUCGCUUUGCCCUGAUGACUUUAAGGAACUUUGGUCUGGGGAAAAAUUCAAUGGAGAACAGAAUUCAUGAUGAGAUAAAACACAUCAUUAGUACCUUGGAAACCAGCAUUGGUAAAACCAUGAGUCCUCAGGUUAUGUUUCAUAAUGCAGCCUCCAACAUCAUCUGCCAGGUUCUGUUUGCAAAACGCUAUGAGUAUAACGAUGAGUUAAUCAAACUAUUUGUAGCAAUCUUCACCGAGGUUUCAAAGAUAACCAAUGGACCUUGGGCUACGCUCUAUGACUCUUUUCCUAUAAUUCGAAACCUGCCACUGCCCUUCCAAAAGGCCUUUAAGAAAGUUGAGAUUUAUAAGAUGCAUUCACUUCGUUUGGUGAGUGAGCAUAAAAAGACCAGAGUCCCAGGAGAGCCACGAGACUUUAUUGACUGCUAUCUGGAUGAAGUGGAGAAGAGAGCUGAUGAAGGCUCUUCAUUUUCAGAAGAAGAACUCAUUAUGUACGCUCUGAAUCUUCACUUUGCUGGGACUGACACUACCUCCAACACCCUCCUUACUGGUUUUCUUUACCUUAUGAACUAUCCACAUAUACAAGAACGAUGUCAGCAGGAGAUAGACCAAGUGUUGGAAGGGAAGGAUCGUGUCAGUUUUGAGGACAGACACAAUAUGCCCUAUGUGCAGGCUGUGAUUCAUGAAGUACAGAGGAUUGCCAACACUGUUCCUCUCAGUGUCUUCCACUGCACAACUAGAGACACAGAGCUCAUGGGAUAUUCCAUUCCCAAGGGUACAAUAAUUAUCCAGAAUCUGAUAUCAGUACUCAGUGAGGAGGGACAGUGGAAAUCCUCUCAUAAAUUCAACCCUGAAAACUUCCUUAAUGACCAAGGAGAGUUUGUUAAACCAGAGGCUUUCAUGCCCUUCUCUGCAGGUCCUCGAAUGUGUCUUGGAGAGGGUCUGGCUCGUAUGGAGCUUUUCCUCAUCAUGGUGACUCUGCUGAGGAGGUUUAAGUUCAUCUGGCCUGAGGAUGCAGGAGAGCCAGACUUCACUCCAGUCUAUGGGGUCACUCUGACUCCCAAACCUUAUCAAAUGAAGAUCCAACUCAGGACAUCAGAGUGA